GACGCAGAGUGGUACGAUGACAUGAUGGAAAAGCAAGCAUCAUCCUGGACACAUGGAGAAGUUCAUGAAAGCCGGUACGUGAUAGAACAAGGGAUCAAAGCACGCCAUCUAUUCGGUUUGAGACGCCGCAGCUUCCCUUCUAUGCAGACACAAAAAGGGGAGGGGCAAUUGUUGGUGGUUGGUAACGGCACCACUACGGCUGCUCUGUCCGAGAUCAGAAAUCCGAUGUCCCAUGCCCAUGUCUUGCAAAAACGAAGACAAAUUAUAUAA